UUACUGGUUAGGGGUGUUUUAAACAAACCACCCUCCUCGCUGCGAACCACCGCGGUGACUACCCUGUAGCCGACGCCGCUAAUCGCUUACUGGCCCGACCAUCUUUCCUGCUUUCUCUAGCCAUAAUAAUGACCACUCGAAUUGCUCCUGGUGUGGGAGCGAAUUUGCUGGGCCAACACUCGGCUGAGAGGAAUCAAGACGCCACCGCUUACGUCGGCAAUCUUGAUCCUCAGGUGACUGAAGAAUUGCUCUGGGAGUUAUUUGUUCAAGCAGGCCCUGUUGUUAACGUGUACGUUCCAAAGGAUAGAGUAACCAAUCUUCAUCAAGGAUAUGGAUUUGUGGAAUUCCGUAGCGAAGAAGAUGCUGACUAUGCAAUUAAGGUUUUGAAUAUGAUUAAGCUUUAUGGGAAGCCAAUACGUGUAAAUAAGGCAUCGCAAGAUAAGAAGAGCUUGGAUGUAGGAGCGAACCUUUUCAUCGGAAACCUUGACCCUGAUGUUGAUGAGAAACUUCUGCAUGAUACUUUCAGUGCUUUUGGAGUUAUAGUUACAAAUCCCAAGAUAAUGAGAGAUCCUGAUACUGGAAAUUCUCGUGGAUUUGGUUUCAUCAGCUAUGAUUCUUUUGAGGCAUCUGAUGCAGCAAUUGAGGCAAUGAAUGGUCAAUAUCUUUGCAACCGUCAGAUAACAGUUUCAUAUGCGUAUAAGAAAGACACUAAAGGAGAGCGCCAUGGUACCCCAGCAGAGAGAGUUCUGGCUGCAAGCAAUCCAAGUUCCCAAAAGAGCAGGCCCCACACUUUGUUUGCCAGUGGGCCUCCAAGCAUGCCUCAGGCCAAUGGUGCAGUUGGUGCACCUCCACGCCCAUUUGCAAAUGGCGUUGUUGCUCCAGCCCCAAUUUCAGCACUCCGACCACCACCCCCACCAAAUGCAGCUUUCCCACCAAUGCAGGUAGCUGGAGGACAACCAGCUUGGCAGGGUCAGCCCCCGCAGCCAGGUCAAACAAUGUCGCUGCCAGUUAUGCCUCCACCUCCAAUGCAGUUCAGGCCACCACCUCCAAACAUGCCACCACCCCCAAUCCAGGCAGCUCCAGUCCUCCCAAGGCCUCCCCCACAGCAAAUGGGAAUGGGAGUCCAACCACAGUUGUGGCGGCAGCCACCACCUCCACAGCAGUUGGCUGGCGGACCCCCAAUGCAACAAAUGAUGAUGCAACCACCUCCCCCACCCAGUGCACCCCCACCACCACCUCCAUUAUCAAAUUGAAGAUUAGAGCAGUUAUUCUUAAAGCUGUCCACAACACCAGCUGUUAAUCUUAGAUGUCUCUUGUCUCAUCUGUCGCUUGUCAAGUAGGACAGUUGAGAUGCUACAGUAAUCCUUAAAUGAGCUGAUAUGAUGGGAUGCUUUGGUUUUUUUGUACAAGAAACUUUACAUGUAUCAACUUUAUAUCUUGCAAAAUGCACUGGUAGUUUUAUA